AUUUAUAUAUAUAUAAAUAUCUUGCAAUUAAUUUGCAGUUUUUUUAUAUUGGAACGAAAACGGUCUUCCAACAAACCCACCAUCAUCAUCGAUUUUGUGUUUUCGUGAUCUCUACUUCUUCUUCAACCACAAAUGAAAGCUUCGUCUCAACCGAUUUGAAGAACAUCCAUCAAACUUUCUUCAUGAUUAUUUAAGGAUCUAAUACAUAUUCUUCUUCAAUGGUGGAGCAGUAUAGAUCCACCAAGAAUCACAGGAAGGAGUUCUACGUAAGCAUGAAGCUUUUUCGAACCAGAAAUGGGAAACCAGAAAAACCUUUUUGCUUUAGAUACUUCAAAUGGCUUCUAUGGUUUUCCCUCUCCUUCUACUUCUUCGCUAGAUUUUUAAGCAAUCAUCAACCCAGUACAACUAAAUUGAAAACAGCGAUAAUUUCUCACUCUCAAUCCAACGUUGUUUCUCGUGCUCUUUCGGAAUCAAUUCUUCAACACCCCAGAAAUAAUCGAGGUUUGUUGAAGGAUUUGAAGGUGUAUAUAUACGAACUUCCGGCGAAAUACAACGCCGAUUGGCUGUCAAACGAGCGGUGUAGCAACCAUUUAUUCGCUUCUGAGGUGGCGAUUCAUAAAGCAUUGAUGAAAAGCGAUGUUCGGACGUUUGACCCAUCGGAGGCGGACUUCUUCUUCGUCCCCGUUUACGUUUCCUGCAACUUCAGCACCGUUAAUGGGUUUCCCGCCAUCGGACAUGCACGUGCCCUUUUAUCCUCUGCCGUUGACUUCAUCUCGUCGGAGUUACCGUUCUGGAAACGGAGCAAUGGGUCCGACCAUGUCUUCGUAGCUUCUCACGACUACGGAGCUUGUUUUCAUGCCAUGGAGGAUCGAGCUGUUGCUGAUGGGAUACCGGAAUUCAUGAAGAAUUCGAUUAUAUUACAGACGUUCGGCGUUAAAUAUCUACACCCAUGUCAAGAUGUUGAAAAUAUCGUCAUCCCACCGUACAUCUCGCCGGAAAACGUUCAGUCAACCCUGUCAAACUCGCCGAUUGAUGGUCGCCGUGACAUUUUCGUGUUCUUCCGAGGGAAAAUGGAAGUUCAUCCGAAGAACGUCAGCGGACGUUUCUACAGCAAGCGUGUGAGGACGGAGAUACUCCGGAAGUACGGGAAUGACCGGAGGUUUUAUCUGAAGCGACAUCGUUUUUCCGGUUAUCAAUCGGAAAUUGUACGAUCGGUGUUCUGCUUGUGUCCGCUAGGGUGGGCACCAUGGAGUCCUAGGUUGGUCGAAUCGGUGGCUCUGGGUUGCGUUCCGGUAAUAAUAGCUGACGGAAUCCGUUUGCCGUUUGAAUCCACCGUGCCAUGGCCGGAGAUAUCUUUAACGGUGAAGGAGAAAGACGUAGCCAAACUCGGCGGCAUACUUGAUUACGUGGCGGCCACGAACCUCUCGUCGAUCCAGCGAAAUUUGUGGGACCAUAAACUCCGGCGGGCCCUUCUUUUUCACGACGACAUGGAAAUCGGUGAUGCGACAUGGGAGGUCCUAGUUGCGUUAUCCAUGAAACUCGGUAGGUCUUAUCGGAGGUCGAGGCUUUCCAGCGAAUAAACGGUGGACACGUUGCAAUUUUUUGAUUGGAAAAGUCGUAUGCCAGCUGUUUUUGUUGUAUUCCAACGUGGCAUUUAUCUCUGGUACCUAUGUCUGACUAUAGGGCUGAAUUGGCAAGUGGUGAUAGGUGGGGCUGAAUGUUUGGUGGGGCCAGACUGGUGAUAUGUGAACUUGGGUGGGAUAGGGUGGAGUGGUCCUUACGGUUGAUAAGAUAGACCUACCUGUUAUUGAGGUGUUUGAUCAUUGUUACUCUUUAACCCCUUUGGGUAUUAGAUAUGGACAUUUAGGCCCCUGUAAAAUAUAGGAAUAGCUAUUUUUGAGAAAUGAAAUACACAGAAUCUAGUGCACGCAUUUUUAGUCA